UGGUAAACGUCACUGUCGCCAGAUAUAGUGAAGAAGGAUGUAAGAUUGUUAGUUUGCAGUAAAUAAUACUCUUUGCAAGAACCGAAUAUAAGAAUUUGGUACAAGUGUGUAAAAUUUAGUGGUUUACUUUCUCAACAAAUAAUAAUAGACACUUAACAUUUUAAGAAUAUUGAACAAGGUUUUAGAUUUCAAAUGGAUUGAAACUAUGACAGUGACAUAGAUUGUAAUCUCUUCAUAUUUGGGUGAUAAAUGAACAGAGAAAACUGCAAACAGAUACAGUUUUGUGCAUUUCAAUAAGUACUAGAAGAAACUAUUUGAAAGAAACGUAUCUUAAAAUGUCGGAAACAGAAACCAGUCAGUCUUCAAAACCAGAAAUAUUGGUUUGGUUUUUUAGCCGUUCAUUUUAUCUCUGGCAGCAGAUUGUUCUGGCUGCUCAACAAAUAAUGAGAGAACUGCAUAUUUAUGAGUUCUUGGACAUGCUAGCAGUAUAUUUGGUGAAGCAUCCCAUAAUGGCACUCUUUCUUUUUGCUAUGGUUUUGUGUUGUGGAAUUCCAGUUUUGCUGUUUGUUGUAUUUGCUGUUCUGACAGUGAUACUUACAUUCACUGGAUUUAUUUUUAUUGAAGGGACAAUCUUGACAGUGGGUUCAAUAUUGUUGUGCGGUGUCCUGCUGGGCAUGGUUGUUGUGAUGGUCGCUGUGGCAGCUACAUUAGGAGUGGCAUACUUUGGCUUCAUGAAAACCUAUGGAUUGUUGCAAAGUAGUUCAGAAAAUAGCCCACUGUCGCAAUACCUGUCAAGUAUUUUAAUGAAGCGAGAAUUGCAAGUGUGUCCUAGGAAAAGUCAGAUGAAUGCAGGCCAGCAGCAGUAUGACGACCAUCAUGAAGAUUAGGUUUUGUUCUCUGUGUAAACUUAAUUUCUGUUAACGUUGUCAUCUUAAUUUUACAGCAUUUGGAAGGAGUAAAAUGUUAGUAGUGAUUGUUAUGUAUGACAUGGUUCAGGAAAUUCUUAUAGUGGCCUUUUUAUAGUCAAAUGAUGAUCCAGAUUUAAGAUUACACGACAUUAUCCUCAAAGUAUCGUUCUUGGGCAGCUGCGUGCUCUUGUCAUUGGCUGUAUAGUUCUUGGAAGCACCACUGGAAAUUAUUUUCGGGGAUGCUCUUCAGAGCACCGUCAUUACAGUUUCACCUUGUCGAUGCUACUGAAACGACACCCCUUCAGCUAAGAUUUCAUGACCCCAAAGAGGUGAAAAUCUGACAGAGAAAUCUGGCACUGUCGUCUUGGUAUCUGCUAGCUAAUGUCAAUGCUGAUAUCUUGUAGAGUUUUAUUAUUUAAGCUGAUCUUAUUGAGGAAAUAGACUGAGCUAUAACAUGUGCAUUUAACAUGUUUACCUGCUUGUUGUAACAGAACUAAUAAUGCUUUUUUGUUUAUUUUUUUAAACAGUAGUUGAUCUAUUAAACAUUUAUUAUGAUGAAUUAAUUGCUGCGACUGAUAUAUUGAAAAUCUAAAUUAGGUUUCGAAGAAAAUAAACAUUUUGGGCUGAUUUGUAUAAUAUUAAUUGUGGUGAUGAUUAGAUUGAUCGCCUGGUCAUAUUUAUCUUAUUUUUAAGGUUAUAGGUUCCAGUCCUGCCUACAGUAUGAAUGUUUUUAAGUUAUUUUGUAAUCACAUUUUUUAUUCAAAUCUUCAUAGCAGUUCUUAUCUGCAUGGUCUUGCAUGAUUUGUGUAGUUGUAAAUUAUUAGGUCUCUGACAGUUUGUUACAGAUCUAUGCACAGCCUGAUUUAGUUCAGAACAUAUUUUCAUUUCUUAGACCAGGUUUGAUAUUUCCAUAGCAUAGCUACUGGUAGGGCCUUCCUAGCCAGAUUGGUCAAGGGGGAAAGGUCAGACUAAGACAGGUACCCUGGUCCUCCAGGUUGGGGGGUUGGUCGCAAGGCUAACAACCUUGCACCGUAAAAAAGGAAGAUGUUUCGAAACCUCAAUCAAAGCCUCCAACAGACGGACCUUACAGAGCAGCGGAGGAUAGGAAAGAAUGGAAGAGGAGAAUUGAGGCGGCCAUGGACCAAAUACGGACCAGAGAGCCAUAGAAGAAGAAGAAUGUAGUAACCAUUCCGUCAGAAUGGAAGAAGGAUAAGUGUGUAACUGUUGUAGUAAUACAAUACUUAUGUACAACUCCCAGUAUUGAUGUUUCUGAAGUAUUUAUGAAUUAAGGAUGUAUAGAUUUGAAUAUUCCUGAGAAUGUAUAUGAAGAAGACAGUGACUAUGAGGAACUCAGACACAAAUGUCAGAAUAAGAGUUAAUGGCACAUUGGUUAAGUAUGUGGAAAUAUUUAUUUAUUUGUUAUGUAUUGUUGUAAGGGGGGGAGGAAGACAUUGUCUUUGUAGAACUGCUGCUGCUGCUGUCUAGCCGCCAGACGAUACGUGAGUAAAUAUGGGACGAUGGUGGAAUGAUAUUGACAAGGGAAAACUGAAGAACUUGGAGAGAAAGACAUGUCCCAGUGUCACUUUGAACAUCACAAAUCCAACAUGGGCUGAACUGGGUGUGAACCCUGGCCUCUGCAGUAAGAAGUCGGUGACUGCUUAAGCUAUGACAUAUGUAUAAUAGUGAGGAUAAUACCAAACACAAGAACACUUUAAAUAAUAAAGGAAAUUGUGAAGAGUAACAGAAUUGGUGAAGUGUAUGAAAGUGUGGAAAUUUGUCAAAUAAAACUCAAACAUUAGUGUUUAUCAUGAACUAUGGGAAGUACAUAAGCAUGAAAAUGCUAGUCAUCCAAAAUCAAAAUAUGCUUAGAUAGUUCACCCUGAGGUGGCUGUCUUGUGGUUUGUAGCUCCAUGUGGACUGGUAGAAGUUUACCAGUAUUUCAGAGGUCCUUGCUGCCUCCAUCAUUAGGGUGAACACCCUGAUGAUGGAGGCUACAACCCAGAAGACAGCUGUCUUCCUUUGUUAGUAUGUUCACCUCAAGAUAAUUCCUGUAUAAUUAUGAUGUAAUGUAGUUGUUCCUAUGUUGUAAAUUUAUUAAUAAUUUUAUGGUUGCGAAGAGAACUCAGAAGCAUCACGCACAUUUAAGAUUAUUUUGUAUAUUUGUUAAGCUGCUUGUUAUAUACUGGAAGGGAGGAUAAUAUUAAAAUGGAUAGUAGGCAAAUAGGAUGGGGUGGUAUGAACAGAAUUCAUCUAGCUUGGGAUAGAGACCAGUGGUGGGCUCUUGUGAAAAUGGUAAUGACCCUUUGGGUUCCGUAAAAUGUUGGGAACUUCUUGAGUGGCUGAAGCGACUGUUGGCUUUUCAGGAAGGACUCAGAUCCAUGAAGUAAGUAAGUACUUGUUACAUACCAAUAUUAUAUAAAAUGUACAGUGUGUAUGUGUGUGUACAGAUUAAAUAAAUUAUCUGUUUCCCCCAUGACAUUGGUUACCACCUACAAAACUGUGUAUCAUCACAAUCUCGAAGACCACAGUCCUCACUAUGAUUGUUUCUUUCCUACUCCAGUAAGAGUAUGGUACAUAACCAUUGGGAAAGUAAGUUGUCCUUUCCUAACCAUGCUAAUGGUCAGCCUUCAACUACCAGUUAUGAAAUAUCUGAUCUCCAUGUUUCUUUUUAUCUUUACUUGUAUGACUGCUGGUCUUCAUCAGUUUUACCUUCAUUUAUUUUAGACCUUGAUUGCUGUAACUAGGAAUGGGUUCUCAAAUUCUAUCUGGUAGUUACCAGUUAAUAAUGCUUCAUAACGUGCUUACAGUGCUUUCUAUCUUCGAGAAUCUAAUACAUUUAAUUUGUCACCAUUUACCAUAUUUCCAUAUCAGUAACAUCUUUAAACACAGCAUUCAGUUCAAAAAGCUACAACAAUAUUUACCCCAAUUGGUUGAUUGGGUUUUCUUUUUUCCAGGAUAAACACUUGUUAGGAAAGAAGGAAUCCUGGAAGCAGUGAAUUCUAAUUCAUGCUAAUAAAGCAAUAAUAAUUAAAACACCUGUUAGUCUACUUUUCUGCACAGUUUUAAGGCGAAUGAGGUCUAACAAGAAAAUUGUUGGCACGUUUAACCCUAAACCACUGGUCUCUUUUCCUUUCCACAUAUAAAUGAUUUACUAUCUUAAAGCACUUGUUUCCAGUAAAUUUUGCCUUAAGGGGCACCUACAUAUGCAAUAUUAAUUGCACAAUAUUGGAUUUUUCCAGUUAUAAUUGACAGUGCAUAAUGACUGAAGAAACAUUGAGUAAUGUGCAUACAGGCUUGCAUCAGCUUUUAUUGCACUGUCCAGUAUGAAUAUUGUGCAAUAUCUCUUCAGUUUUGGUUCUGUAAUUAUGGCAAGCACAUCAAGAACAGUGGAAUUCAAGAGUGAAUUUAUUGACUGGUAUUGUAGUUUUCCAGUUUUAUGACGGUUGAAUUUAUUGCUCUAAUAUUUUCUUCCAAUGCCCAUAUAAUGGCUUUGCAUGUAUGAAGCACUAUUUUGCUGAGGUGUAGCUGUAAAUUUCAUAUCUUCAGAUGCAUGUCUAAUAACCAACAAGUUUAGAAUGGCAGAAAGUUUUUUAAGUGGAAUUUGGUGUUUUUUAUGGUGUCCCCUUUUUCGUUGAAGGGUUUAUAUAAGUUGAAACUGUGAAAUAAAUGUGUAUAAUCUCAUG